UAUCCUUCUUCUAAGAUUAAUAUCUAUUUAAUAUUUUAACGAGAAAUUAUUUAUAAUUUUUAUAAUACAUUACUUUCAAUUACGUAUUAUAUCUUUGAAAAACAUACAUGUUUUUUCUACAUAAUUGGCAAUGUGUCUACUUAGAGUACGUUUGCGUUUAAUCGAAAUAAAUGAUUUUUCUUAAUUUUUAUAAAAAAUAUGGAUAUUAAUUUUAUCGGGAUAACAAAUCAUGAAAUUAUAAACACGAGUUUAUCAAUCCUUUCAAGAGAAUACCAGAUAUUAGUGAAUUAUUCAAUGUAUGUAUGUUUUCCAAAAAGAGUCACGUGUGUAAAAACGUAAAAGAAAUAGUUCUUCAAAAAUGUCACGGUGGGGUAACUUGAAAUUAUAUCUCACCAUGAGAAGUCCUAAGCAUACGGAAAUAAUAUUAAGUUAUUUGAAGCUUGGAAAAGAUGGUAGAAUCAGGGAUACAUUCUGUCAGUAUGGUAGAGGUUAUGGACAGUUUUGUUAUAUCUUAGAAAAGCAGGCUUAUCCAUUAUGUAAAUUGAUAGAUACAUUCUUUACAACAUGUAGUCCAAUAGUUUUUAAAUAUAUAAAUGGUCCACUCAGAAUAAGAAAGAAUGAUACCAAUCAAAGCCGUUAUAAAAAUCUAGGAUUGAUAUUAGGCGGUAUUGGUCUUGUCACAGCUUUGUGUGAUUCUCCAGAUUAUACUAGAGAAAAGCGUUUCUUUCGUGCAGCACAAUACGGUAAUAUACCGGAACUUAAAAGAGCAUUGUCAGAUGGUAUUGACGUGAAUGAGAGGCAUCCACUGGGUUGGACCGCUUUACAGGCAGCAGCAAUAAAUGGAAAGGGCGAUGCAGUUAAAUUCUUGAUAGAAAAAGGUGCUGACCUAAAUGCAGGGGACAAUUUUAUUAAUGUUUAUAAAACUGCUAUGCAAAAAGGUUUACAUACAAUAGAAGUACUUCAGAAAAGAUCAGACGAAUUCUUUGAUGGAUUAAACAGUAGAGCUUCGUUUCAUGGCUUCACAGCAUUGCAUUAUGCUGUUCUAGCUAAUUCUAAAAGUUGUGUAAAAGCAUUACUAGAUGCAGGAGCAGAUCCUACUGUUGAAAAUGAUGCAGGACAUCGACCAGUAGAAUACACGAAAGAAGGAGAAAUUAAAGAUAUGCUUAUCAAAUACGCAUUAAUGUUUGAUGAAAUUUUGAAAGAAAAAGAAGCAGAAGAGCGGCGUAGAUUUCCAUUGGAACAACGUCUUAAACAGCACAUUGUUGGACAGGAAGGACCAGUUUCUAUUGUUGCAUCUACUAUUAGGAGAAAAGAAAAUGGUUGGAUAGAUGAGGAACAUCCAUUGGUAUUCUUAUUUCUUGGUUCAUCUGGAAUUGGAAAAACUGAAUUAGCUAAACAAUUAGCAGCAUACAUUCAUAAAAAUAAAUCAGAUGGCUUUAUUCGCUUAGAUAUGUCCGAGUAUCAAGAGAAACACGAAGUUGCUAAAUUAAUUGGUGCACCACCAGGAUAUGUAGGGCAUGAAAGUGGUGGCCAAUUAACAAAGUUAUUAAAAAAAUGUCCUAAUGCUGUUGUAUUAUUUGAUGAAGUUGAUAAAGCACAUCCUGAUGUCUUAACAGUACUAUUACAACUUUUUGAUGAGGGAAGAUUAACCGACGGUAAAGGAAAAACGAUUGAAUGUAAGAACGCAAUUUUUAUAAUGACAUCAAAUUUAGCAAGCGAAGAAAUCGCAGAAUAUGCUAUGCAGCUUCGCGAAGAAGCAAAUCGUUUGUUAUCUCAAAGACUCGAUAAAAAUUCGAACGAAGAUCAAGAACCAGAACAUAUUGAGAUAUCUCGUAAUUUUAAAGAUCAAGUGGUGCGUCCGAUAUUGAAAGCAUAUUUUCGAAGAGACGAAUUUUUGGGUAGAAUAAAUGAAAUUGUUUACUUCUUACCAUUCUCCAGAGCAGAAUUAUUAAAAUUAGUAGCUCGAGAAUUAGAUGCAUGGGCUGUACGUGCACGUGAAAGGCACAUGAUCGAAUUAAAAUGGGAGAGAGAUGUGUUAUCAGUUUUAGCCGAUGGAUAUGAUUCUCAUUAUGGUGCACGUUCGAUUAAGUAUGAAGUUGAAAGACGUGUAGUCAAUCAAUUAGCUGCUGCUCAUGAACGAGGACAAAUUGCAAAGGGAUGUUGUGUGUUACUUAAAGCAAAAUGGCAUGAAAAUGGAGCAAGUAUAUGUCUUUCCGUUCGUCCAAAAGGAGUAAAAGAUUUUGUGGAUAUUGCUGAAACCGAUAAUUUAGUAAAAAAUGUCAAUUCUUUGAUUUAACUUAAAAUUAUUUCAGUUUAUAAUAGAUAGACCAUAAAUAAUGAUACGUUUUUUCAUAAUACUGUAACUAGUCAUUUAAUUUCGAGCUAAGAUAAAAAUGUAUAUAUAUAAUUUCAAAGAUUUUUCUCUAUAACGUUUCUCGUGCUUUUAAUGCCAUGACGUUUGCCACAUAUAGUACAUAUUUCAUUAAUUUAAGUAGAACAUAAUAUAUUAUCAAUUUUUUCUUUCUAUACACACGGCUUUUUAUAAAUUAAUUAGUAUGAUAUAUAUGGGCUCGAGUAUUAUUUAAAGUGACGAGUUAGGAUUUUUUGCUUAAUAUACAUGAUAUCAAAGAAAACAAAUUGAUUGUUGCUUAUAUUAUUAUUAUAAUCACUUUAAUAAAAAAUAAUUCUCUGUA